AUGGAGUCUGGAGAGCGGCUGGCCUCCCCAUCGUCAGCCCCGUCCUCCCUGCAUAUCACCACGUCCGCUGUCUCCUCCGUCGGCUCCUCACCUGCCCCUGCCUCGGCCAAGACACCCUCCUCUAAGUGCAGCGUCACCCCCAGCCACGCCGCCCUGGGCUCCCCUCUCACCACCUGUGGACACUUGUUCCGGGCGGCAGGCGAUCAACAUUUCAACAUGUCUACGGUCUCAAGUGCCUUUCCCAUCGUCAACCACCCAGCAUUUGGUCUGUACACUACCAGCUCAGGGCGCUCAGAGUUUGGAGGCCUGGGCUCCCUGGGGAUGUCUGCUGCCUUGGCUGCUCACUCCCAGCUAGGUGCCUUUCCAGAAUGGUGGCGGGCAGCUGAGGCUCAGGGGCGGGGAGCUGCAGCCUUCUUUCCCCAUCUCCUGGGGCUCCCGCCCAUGUUCCUACCCCAACUCCAGCAGAGCCACGACCUCAGCCCCUUCCAGGCCCGCACCCCCAGCAAGAACGGACGAGCCACAGCCAAAGGAGUGAACGGAGCUGUGAAUGGCAGCAGGAUCUCCACGGUGUCUGGGAGCAGCUUCAGCACAACCGCCACUACGUUCUCAACACAAGGGAACACGGAGAAACAGAAAGCCACCAACGGAAGCGUCAGAAGCCGCAAAAGCCACCAGCAUGUGACCCAAGUGAAGGAGAAGAGCGUUCAGAAAACUAAAGAGAAGAAACUCAGCAAGAAACCAGUGGAGGCGUCCAGCAACAGUGACAGCGAAUCAGGUUCUUCCUCGGAUAUCUCCAGCGACGGGGUGAACAGCAGUGACUCAGACGACCUAGACGAGGAGGAUGACGAUGACGAUCAGAGCAACGACAGCGACGAUUCUGACUCGGAGAAGGAGAGCCGUGUAAAGAGGACGAUUAAGAGCCUGACACGGAGCACUGCCGGCAGCAAGAAGAGACCCCACGCUGCUGAAGGCGAGAACGCUCGGGACAGCCGGAGUGGUCUGCUUCAGAAACAUCCAGAUGAGGCCUUUCUCCAUUUCCUCCGCUACCCGCUCCAACCCUCACCCCAGCCCCCAGCGCUGUCCCAGUCCACAUCCCUAGUCUUCCAGAGCUCCAGGAACAGGGAGGAAGAACUCAAGCAGCACACCAGUGUGAUCCAGGCUACGGGGCUGGCCAGUACUAAACCCUUGGCUCUGGUCAAACCACGCAGAGAGGCCUCAUCGUCUCCUCAACCCACCAGUAUGAAGUCGGGAAGCCGAAACUUCCUGGAUGAAACCUUGUUACACAUCAACAACUUUAAAUUGAAACAGCCCUUCGUCUCCCAGGAGCACUUCAAACAGGCCUUCCCUCUGCCAGUGAUGCGUCAGGAUCUGUUCAAGAGCCCGAAGAAAAAGAAAAUGGCCGCCUCGUCGUCCUCCUCAUUAGCACCGCCCUCCUCAUUAGCACCGCCCAAACUGUCUCCAGAGACCCCGAGCAGUCACAGGCUCCCUUCUCCACACACCAACCACUCCAACCUGUUCCUGGCCUCCUCCCUCCUUGGUGCCCACCCCAAAGGGGUGAUCCACAGCAAGGUGCAGGAUGCCCCCCUGGCCCUCAUCAACAAGCCUCGCAGCAGCAGUCAGAACAGGAGCACCAUCAACAAUCCUCUCCUGGCUGCCACCAGCCCACCCUUCCCUAUGCCUGUCAACCUGAGCACUGGGCAUAAGGAGCACAGCUCUGGAGCCCUAGGCUGGGCCUCUACCUCACCGGGCCUGGCCCACAGAGCUGGGAAGAGCAAGGCCCAGCAAAAGGCUCUCCACACAGGGAAAGGUAUCUCCCAGACCCACCUGGUGCAGUCCCAGGUGGAGCUGUUCCGGGGCACAGAGUCUGACAUCCCCAGCAGCAAGGACUCUGACGACUCCGACUCCGAUGAUGAACAUGAUGACGACGACGAGGAGGAGGAUUCUGAUGACAGCCUAUCAGAGUCUGAGAGUAAUCUGGAGAGCGACUCGGACGACGUGAAGGACCGCGACGAGACCACUACGGACACGGAGGCAGAUAGGACCCCUCUGAAGCAUGCCAAAGGCUCCUCUUCUCUACUCGACACCACCUCCUCCAGCCUCUCAGCCAGCUGCUCCCCUCUCAACCUCCAGGUCAUCAAGGCAUCCGGUGGCCUGCCCACCCCAGCCAUGGUGACCAGCUCUGGGGCCUUGGCCUACCACAGCACCCCCUCUUCCUCAUAUACUCUCUGCUCCACUCCACCAGGAACAGGGAAGAGAAGGAGAGUGACGGAUGAGAGAAAGCUGCGGACACCUCUAGAGUUUGGGUGGCAGAGAGAGACUCGUAUCUGUAAUGUGGCGGGCCGUCUGCAGGGCGAUGUGGCGUACUACGCCCCGUGUGGGAAGAAGCUCCGGCAGUACCCCGACGUGAUGAAGGGAUUGCAGUGGAGCUUGUUGACCGAGGAUGAGGUGAUUCCUCGUAUCCUGGCCAUGGAGGGGAGGCGUGGGCAUCCCCCUAAGCCUGAGCACCAGAGGAGAGGUGAUGAGGGCCCCAGGUCCAGGCGCAGUAAGGGUCGACUUCCUAACGUUGGCGAGGCCGACUUCCCAGGCGCCACUGACGCCAAACUUCUACGCAAACUGGAAGCUCAAGAGAUAGCUCGACAAGCAGCCCAGAUUAAAAUGAUGAGGAAACUUGAAAAGCAGGCCAUGGCACUAGCAGCCAAGGAGGCAAGGAAACAACAAGCAAUCAUGGCUGCUGAGGAGAAGCGGAAACAGAAGGAGCAAGUGAAGAUUGUAAAGCAGCAGGAGAAGAUCAAGCGCAUUCAGCAAAUUCAAAUGGAGAAGGAGCUCAGAGCGCAGCAGAUUCUCGAGACUAAAAGGAAAAAGAAGGAAGAAGCGGCAAAUGCCAAAAUAAUGGAGGCUGAGAAACGAAUCAAGGAGAAGGAGAUGAGGAGGCAACAAGCAGUCAUUUUGAAACACCAGGAGUUGGAGAGGCAUAGACUAGAUAUGGAGAGGGAGAGGCGGAGGCAGCACAUGAUGCUGACGAAGGCCAUGGACGCCCGUAAGAAAACAGAGGAGCGGGAGCGCGUAAAGCAGGAGAAGAAGGAUGAGAAACGGUUAAACAAGGAGCGGAAAUUGGAGCUUAGAAGACUGGAACUGGAAAUUGCCAAGGAGCUGAAGAAGCCAAAUGAAGACAUGUGCUUAGCAGAUCACAAGCCUCUCCCAGAGUUAUCCCGUAUUCCCGGCCUGGUUCUACCAGGAAGCAGCUUCUCUGACUGCCUGAUGGUGAUGCAGUUCCUGCGGAGCUUUGGGAAGGUGCUGGGCUUCGACGUGGACGCCCACAUACCCAACCUGAGCGUGCUGCAGGAGGGCCUGCUCAACCUGGGAGACAGCAUGGGACAGGUCCAGGACCUGCUGGUGCGCAUGCUCUCUGCUGUGGUGUGUGACCCCGGACUGCCACCAGGACACCGAACCAAGACGGCCCUGGGGGACCACCUGAGUAAUGUGGGCAUCAACCGGGAUAACGUGUCGGAGGUGCUGCGGGUCUACAUGGAGGCUCACUGUGGAGGGACGGAGCUGCAGACUGACCUGGGGGAGGUCACGGCCAGUCUGAAGACCAAGGCUUUCCAGGCCCACACAGCCACACAGAAGGCCUCGAUCCUGGCCUUCCUGGUCAACGAGCUGUCCUGCAGUAAGAGUGUGGUCAGCGAGAUCGACAAGAACAUCGAUCACAUGACCAACCUGCGACGGGACAAGUGGGUCAUCGAGGGCACGCUUCGCAAGCUGAGGACCAGCUACGCCAAGAAGACUGGGAAGAGGGACUGCAGUGUGGGGGGAGAGGAGACCCAGUCCCUGGGUACACCCACCCCCGGACAGAAACGCAAGAGGAAAGGAGGGGACAGCGAGGAGGACGAGGAUGAUGACGAGGACAGCGAGGAUCAGGGGGAUGAAGACGACGACGAGGAGGAGGAGGAGGAGGAGAGAGGGAAGAAGGGGAAGAAAGUGGAAACCUGUGAGGAUGAGGAUGAUGGGGACCAGACAUCCAGUGUAGAGGAGCUGGAGAAACAGAUUGACAAAUUAACCAAGCAACAGAGUCAGAUCAGACGGAAGCUGUUUGAGUCGUCCCACUCGUUGCGCUCCAUGAUGUUCGGCCAGGACCGCUACAAGCGGCGUUAUUGGGUGCUGCCGCAGUGUGGGGGCGUCUUUGUGGAGGGUAUGGAGAGUGGCGAAGGAGCAGAGGAGCUGGGAAAGGAGAGAGAGAGACUGAGGAGCACAGAGCUGGUCCAGGUGAAGGAUGAGGUGGAAAGGAGGCCGCAGGAGGUGGAGGGGAGGCUAGGGGCGUCCACCCUGGAGGGUAGCCGUGACAAGCACACCGCCACACCAGACAAGCACACCCUCAACCUCUUCCUCCAGAAGCCCGGCUCCUUCUCCAAACUCAGCAAACUCCUGGAGGUGGCCAAGAUGUCCCCGGACUCAGACAACCACCCUCACAGUCUGAGCUGUAGUCUAGCCAAAGUCCCCACCACAGUAUCCUCCCCUAUCCGCCCCACCAUUCAGACUACACUACCCAGCAACCCCUCUGCAUCUCCCUCUCCGCUGUGUCCAGAGGUGAAAGCGGAGCCUUCCACAGCCCUCCUCAGCCCGCCCUACCUCAGCAGCGGCCCAGGGAAGAUGUCCUCCAGCCCCCAGCAGCUCCAGCCCAAUGACCAGCUCUUCAGGGUGCUGACGGAGAAGAACUGCCACUGGUUCAGCCUGCUUCCCCGCUCCCCGUGUGACGAGUCGUCCGUCACCACCAGCUCCACCACCACCCCCCCGGCCUCCUCCCCCUAUUCCUCCUCAACCACCAGGCCCAAGUCCCCCUCCUCCCUGUCUUCUAAUCCCCUAGCCUCCACCUCAGCCAGCCCCAGCAAUCUCACCACUGGGAUCAAUAACUUCCCUUUUUCAGCUCUCCAGGUGAAGUCUGGCGUCCAUAUGAUAGGUCUGCCAUUCUGUGGAUGGCCCGGUGGCAUGAUGAUCCCCACCCUGCCCUUCUCUGCCAGUCCACUGCCCCCCUCCACGCUGGCCGCUGCCUACCACCAUGUGGAGGGUAACGGCAACCCCUUCCUGGCAUUGCCCCCUGGAGAGAAGCCCCCCUCUGCCCCGUCCCCCGUGGUGGAGGUGGCCAAGACCCAGGACUACCCCGACCCGCUGCCCAUUCCAGAGGAGAUGCUGUCAGGCUGGUGGAGAGUGGCAGACAUGGAGGAGUUGAGGAGCUUGGUCAAGGGCUUGCACUGCAGAGGUAUCAGAGAGAGGGCCCUGCAGAAACAGAUCCAGAAACACAUGGAGUACAUUGCACAGGCCUGUGCCAAGAACAGAGAUGCGGCGGUGAUAGACGAGUCCAAGCUGGAAGAGAACGGGGUGAGCGAGGAGACAGUGGAGAGCUGGUGUGUGGAGGAGCAGGCCAUGGAGAUGGACAUCGCUGUUCUGCAACAGGUGGAGGAGCUGGAGAGGAAGGUCACUUCGGCCAGCCUGCAGGUUAAGGGUUGGAUGUAUCCGGAGCCCCAGUCAGAGAGAGAGGACCUGGUCUACCAUGAACACAAGCCCUUCACUAAGCUGCUUCUAGCAGGAGAGGAGCAGCUUGCAGGGGAGGAGGCGGCCAACGGCGGCUGCAGCCUGGUGCGGCGCGUCAACAACCCCCUAGAUAUAGCUGUAACACGGCUAGCCGAGCUGGAGAGGAACAUCGAGCGAAGGGGGGAAGAGGAACUGGCCCCGGGCAUGAAGGUAUGGCGCAAGGCCAUGGGCGAGGUCUGCAGCGCCGCCCAACUGUCUCUCUGCAUCCAGCAGCUCCAGAAGUCCAUUGCCUGGGAGAGAUCCAUCAUGAAAGUGGCAAGCGGUCAAUCCCCCAAGAGUAAGAAGCAGCAGCAGAGCCGAGCGGGGGCAGCCGUGCGAGGAGGGAAGAGAACCACCGAGGUAAAACAGAACAGGAAACCGUCGUCUGUAGCCAGCGGAGAGGUCUCUGAGGACGAUGCUGCCAGCACCAGCAGCAGCACGCCAAAAAAAGUGAGUAAAGAGACCAAAAAGAGGAAGAGCCCAGGAGAGGGGAGCCCAGCCACCAAGCAGUCCAAGCAGGACAGUACUCCCGUCUGUGUGAAGAAGGCGAAGACGGCCACAUCAGCCAGAGACAAUGAAAAGGAUCUGACGUUGUGCAGGGUGCUACUGGUUGAGCUGGAGGGUCACCAGGAUGCCUGGCCCUUCCUUAACCCUGUCAACCCCAAAUCUGUCCCUGGCUACAAGAAAGUCAUCAGGAAACCCAUGGAUUUCUACACAAUCCGAGAGAAGCUCGUCAACAGCCAGUACUUGAACCUCGAGACGUUUAUAAUCGACGUUAACUUGGUUUUUGAUAACUGCGAAAAGUUUAAUGAAGACAAUUCGGACAUUGGACGAGCCGGACACAACAUGAGGAGGUUUUUUGAGAAUAGAUGGAAUGAGCUGUUAAAACAAACCAACUAGGCUAGUUUGUACUACUUUAUCCUCACUAUACUGUAUGGGACCAGCAGUAACCACAAGCAGAGCAGCUGGAUUGGUGUAAAGUCUCUCCGUCAGCAACCAGGGAACUUGUAAUUCUACACAUUCACUUCAGUGAUGUACAGUAGAAUGCCGUUUUUUUUAAGAGCAGAGAAAUGCACCCAAAGGGAUUCACACAAAAGUGGUGGGUGUUUUUAAAGUGCAAUACCAUUUCCUAGAAGAAACCACAUCAGAGCUGUAACUGGGAACAAAAACGUUCCAACUAACUGUACUUAUAGUUUAUUUUUAUUUUUAUCAUUAAUAUUCAAGUGAAUGUAUUUAAUUUAGUCAAUUAUUUAUGAGUGAAAAUGGUUCCGUUUUCUAAGACGAGGAAGACAAAAACAAAACUGCUUGAACAAAAAUCUCACGGAAUGUUGUUUUUGUUGACAUAAAACAAAAGCCAAGAGAAAAAAAUGAAUUGUUUACACUGCUCUGUGCCGCCGGGGAACCACAAGAUUCCUGACGGUAUUACUGUAACACUGCAUUUCAAUGUAUCUUUACAUUGCUUGCUAACUUCACACGGACAGUGAGGCAGCAAUGACAUCUGUAUAUACUGUUCAUUCAUGUUAAUAUGAAGUAUUGUUUGUAAUAUGUGUACAUACAGUAUUGUUACAAGAAAUCCGAUAUUGUUUAUGCCUUUGAUUGUGGUGUUUCAUUUCAGUCUAAAGUGAUAAAUACAUGUAUAUUACCUGUAAUGUAUAUCCUCUGCAAACACUGUGGUCCCUUCACUCUGGGUAAUGCCUGCCCUCUCAAAUGUGUGUGGAGGAUAUUAUUUCAAUCUUUUGGUUUAGCAUUCCUUCAAAAAGGUGUGUGUGUGUAUACACCAGUAUACAAAAUGUCAACUCUGGUGGGCCUCGAAUUCUGACAUUAUCAUCCUAUCGUCAGUAUAGAAUCCAUUGUGAUGCACAGUACCUUUCAUAACAGAUGUUCUCUUGCUUUGCCACAGACCCAAGGACACAGGGCGUUUGUAAUAACCACUGUGUUUGAAUCUUGCUGUGUCAUGGUCUACUGGUGCCAUGUACAGCAGUUUCUUUGUACCUGAGUCAGAGUACUUGAAGUUAUUUUAUUUAUGAAUAUUGUGGGGAAAAGUCUUUUUUUUUGUAGGAGCAUUAUUUUUCACUAGUGUGUGGGGCACGGAUCUAAUAUAAAGGAUUUUUUUCAACUCUG